AUGCGGCCGGGGGAGCGCCGGGACCGGGAGGAAGACGACGGCGAGGAGGAGGAGGAGGAGGCUGCCUGCACGAACACGGACGCUAACACCAGCAGCGCGAAUGCGAGCACGAGCUCGAGCACAGCUCCGAGUAGCGGCAGCGGCGCGAGGAGGAACGGCGGGGCAGCGGCGGCGAUGGCAAGGGCGUGGCGGCGGAGCCGCUCCGUCUCGGGGCCGACCAUCAACCUCAGCCAGGAGUACACGCUCGCCAUCCAGACCAGCUCCUACAACGAGAUCUGGGCCAAGAUCCACGUCACCGUGGACGGCCAGCGGGUGGACGGCGGCGACGACGCCGACGACGAGGACGAGGAGGACAGGAGCACCCUCGCGGGCGUGCUCCGUCCGGACGACGCGGCGGUGGCGCGCGCGCUGGGGGACGCGCCCGACACCGAGCUCACCCGCCUCGCCGCGGACUACCUCCGCAGCACGCACCACGCGUCGCUGCUCUGCCUCUCGCUCCGCCGGGCGCUGCGCCGCGCGCGGGCGCUCUACGGGCCCAUCGCGGACGUCCUCGCGCUCAUCCCGCACGCGCGCCCUCUCGCGGCGCCGCACUGCGACUGCGCGUUCGACGCCUUCCUCCUGUUCGACGGAAUGCCCAACCCGUUCCUGCCCCCCACAUCCGACUUCCAAAGCAUGCACCGGAGCUUCGCUGGCCUCAAAACCCACCUCGACCACCGCCUCCUCAAGGCCCGACGAAGGCGCACACUACUGCGGUGCGCGACGCGCGGGUCUGGCGUCUGCCUCAUCGCCUGCGCAACCGGCGCUGCCAUUACCGGCCUGGUGAUCGCCACCCACGCCAUUACCGCGUUGCUGGCCGCGGCCCCUGCCUGCGCAGCGUCGCGCGGCUCUUCCUGCUGCUCGGCGCCCGCUUGGAUGAAGCGGCUGCAGCAGCACAUGGACCGGCUCGACGCGGCGGCCAGGGGCGCCUACGUGCUCAACAACGACGUCGACACCAUUGAACGGCUGGUGGGCAGGCUCCACGCCACCGUCGAGAGCGACAAGGUCUUGGUCCAGCUGGGGCUCGAGCGCGGGAGAGCGCAGCACCACACCAUCGAGGAGGUGGUGCGCCAGCUCCGGAAGAACCAUCCCAGCCUGCUGCGCCAGCUUGCUGACCUUGAGGAGCACAUCUGUCUAUACUUCGCGGCCGUUAACCGUGCAAGGUUGUUCCUUGUGCACCACCUCAAUGCCCAGUCUGAUCCCUACGCUGAGCUGCCUCUGUCGUGAUUUACUAGCAGUGCCCAUUUUCAAGGAUUUGGCGAUCCGCUUUGUAAGGCGCCAAUGAAAUAUACUGCAGCAUGUCUGCACAAGUUUCUUGUU